AUGGAAGAACAAUACCAACUUCUGCCAGAAAUUAUUUCCAACAAUCAAAAGUGGAAAGCUAAAGUGAUUGUAGUUGAAAAACAAUCACCAAAGCUUUCGAGACAAGGCAAUGAAAGGUACCAACAUUUGAUGUUAAUGGAUACUCAUGGUAAUACUAUUCAGGCAAACUUAUAUAAUUUCAAUAUCAUUGCUUUUGAGGAUCAACUUGUUCUGAGAAAAACUUAUACUAUUUCGAAAGCUUACGUGAAGAACAAUACGACAAACUACAGAUAUUCGACCGGCUCUCUAAAAUGGACAAUAUUUGGAGAAACUCGUAUUGAAGAAUUGAAUGAAGAUAAUCUAGAGUUUGUAUUCUCAACAUAUCAACUGACACAACUUCACGAACUCGAACAAUACAUGGAUACAGAUGCUGAUUUAAAUAUACUUGCAGUUGCAGUUGAUAUGACACCCAAACGAUUGAUUCAAUCCAAAGAUGGCAACCAAACUUGGUUGCAAGAUAUCAUACUUCUAGACAUGAAUUUCAAAACAAUGGUGCUUACACUUUGGGCUUCAUUUGUUGACAGAGAAUGCUUACUGAUAGCAGACAUUAUUGACAAAAAGUCAGUCAUCUUCGCAACCCGUCUAAAGGUUACAUCAUUCUUUGGUUUAAAAUUGUUCACGAAAGUCCAUUCCACUUUCUUUAUAAAUACGCCUUUCAAUGCAGUAAAACAAAUGACAGAAUGGGCUAGAGCAUAUGUGCAGCUUUCAGAUGUCACGGGAUCAACCAAUGCAAAUGCAAUUGGUGAACCAGCUGAGAAACUAUUAUUUACAACUUCAAAGUCUUUGAUGGAGGAAACCAAAUUUGGUUCAAAGACAAAUUUGGAAGCAACCAUUAAAAAAAUGCAGAAUACUGAACGAGCUUUCUACUUGAAAGCAUCCCAAAAUGAACCUAAUUCAUCAAGUUACAGAUUUGAUAUCAUCUCUGUAACAGACUUUGACAAUCCAAGUCCAGGACAAGAAAUUCAAGCAAAUAUUGAUCAUGCAAGUCUUGAACCAAAAAUCCAAACAAACGUUGUUGACAGUCAAGUUGUGGUUACAACAGUUGGGAAAAAUGUUGGGAAAAACAUUAGUACAGACUAUCAAGAAGAUUCGUCACAUCCAGCGAAAAAAACCCUUUUCAAAUCUUCCAAUGAGAGUUCCAGCUCAAAAAUGGCUUGUGAUAAAAACAUAAGUUCAGACUCAAAUCCACUUGCUCAAAAAGAAAAAUUGGAAUAA